AUGGUCUGGCUAUGUUACCCAGGCAAUUUCAUCCCGCUGUGUGAGAAAGUUCUGCGUUCCUCUCCCUGCGUAGCUGUGCAGUUGUUAAAGAAGGCCGACUGUAGAGGGCGCCAGAGUCAGAGAAUGGGAGGGCUGUGCUUCCUGGUUCUCCUGGCUGGAGCCUACGGACUUGCAGAGUACAAGGCGUCACCUCGGGACUCUGGCACCCCCAACAGGUUCCCAGUGUUCAGCUGGGGCAGGACAAGUGGUGGCCAGCAGCUUCCCUUCCAUCCCUCUUGGGCUGUAUGGGAUCUGUGCUUCUGGGACAGAACAAUAUCAUCUGUGAAUAAUGACGGUUUUAUUUCUUUCCACAUUUUAAACAUAUUAUAUUUUCCUGAUGCUACUGCCACUCACAAUGUCCCUGAAGAUAAGAUGCAAAAUGGCCAACCAGUACCUGAUAACGUCUUGUCAACAGUUCUCCCAAGGAUCAUUAAUAUGGAAGCAGAUGGUAUUUCAUCCCUAAGUACCAGGGAUCUGUAUUCUACAGUCACUCACAAUGGCUGUGAAGAGAAGAUAAAUAAUGGACAACCAGCACCUGAUAACUUCUUGUCAACAAUUACACCAGGGCUUAUUAAUCUGUCAGGAGCUGGUAUUCCACCCCUGAGUACCAGGGAUCAGUAUGCUACUGUCACCAAUGUCUAUGAAGAGAAGAUGGAAGAUGGCCAACCAGCACCUGAUAAUGUCUUGUCAGCUAGUCCACCAGGGCUUAUUAAUAUGGCAGGAGCUGGUAUUCCAGCCAUGAGUACCAACGACCUGUAUGCUACCAUCACUCACCAUAUCCGUGAAGAGAAGAUACAAAAAGGCCAACCAGCACCUCAUAACUUCUUGUCAGCUCUUUCAUCAGGGUUUAUUAUUAUGGCAGGAGCUGGUAUUCCAGCUAUGAGUACCAUGGAUCUGUACAUCACCGCCACUCACAAUGUCCAUGAGGCGAAGAAGAAAAAUGAACAAGCACCUGAUAACUCCUUGUCAACGGUUCCACCAGGGUGUAUUAAUUGGUCAGGAGCUGGUAUUUCAUCCAGGAGUACCAGGGAUCUGUAUGCUACUGUCAUUCACGACAUCCAGGAGGAGGAGAUGGAAAAUGGUCAAACCCCUCCUGAUGGCUUCCUGUCAAAUUCUGCUCCACCAAAGCUUAUAAAUAUGACAGGAGAUCGUAGGGCACACAAUGCAUUGGAUUCUUUCUCUUACGACUUCACUAGUCUCAGCAAAGAUGAGCUGCUUUACAAACCUGAUAGUAAUGAAUUUGUGGUAGGCAUCAAGAACAACAGUGUCUCUGCAGGUGACCCACCAGUCACAGCAAUGUCUUCGGUGGAAACUGUGCCAAAUACACCACAAAUGUCUCCUGCCAUGGCAAAGAAAAUUAAUGAUGAUAUAAAAUAUAAAUUAAUAAAAGAAGUUCGAAGGUUUGGGCGAAAUUAUGAAAGAAUUUUCAUUUUGCUUGAAGAAGUACAAGGAUCUAUGAAAAUCCAGAGACAAUUUGUUGAAUUUACCAUCAAGGAAGCAGCAAGGUUUAAAAAAGUUGUCUUAAUUCAGCAACUCAAGGAGAUGCUUAAAGAAAUAGAUUCCCACUGCCAUCUCAGAAAAGUUAAGUACAUGAGAAAAAAGUAAUUGCGCUUGUGCAAAGACCAAGGAGAAACAAGGACACACGCUGUAGGAUGGAACAGGUUAUUGCUGAGGCUCCCUAUAAUUUUGAAGUGAAGAGAAUUCUUUUCCAGAAGCUAAGAAAAAAAAAAAGAGGGAGGUUUUAAAGUUUCAUAAAUCUCUGUUAGUAAAAGCUGUA